ACCCCUUUCCUAGAGGAGAGGUUGUUCAUCCGUCAAAAAUCAGAAGAACAGCUGUUUUUUUUUAUUUUUUUCUUUUUUCAUGUAAUUAAUAGUCCAUGUAAUUUAAUCAAUUGUUAAUUUGAUAUCAUGUCAUCUAAAGUGACACAUUGUUCACCUUGCCAACAAUAAUAAAUUGAGAGGUAAAUAGUGUGUGAAAAAAAAAGAAAAGAAAAAUGUUUUCGGCAUUUAAAAGAUUAACCAGUAAGCAAGAUGGUACAUCAUCACCAAGACCAGCACAUCAAUCAAUGCCGACAAAUUUACAAAGAAAAUUUGCAAAAGGAGUACAAUAUAAUAUGAAAAUAAUUUUAAAGGGUGAUAGAAAUGUUGGUAAAUCAUGUUUAUAUCAUCGUCUUCAGGGACAAAAAUUUGUUGAAGAAUAUAUACCAACUGAAGAAAUACAAGUUGCAAGUAUACAAUGGAAUUAUAAAGCAACUGAUGAUGUUGUUAAAGUUGAAGUAUGGGAUGUUGUUGAUCGUGGACGAAGACGUAAAAAAGUUGAUGGUUUAAAAAUGGAUAAUGGUAUUAUUGAUGGUAUCAUUGAAGAACCAGCACUUGAUGCUGAAUUUCUUGAUGUUUAUAAAGGUACAAAUGGUGUUAUUGUUAUGUUUGAUAUAACAAAAACAUGGACAUUUGAUUAUAUACAACGUGAAUUACCUAAAAUACCAAUUAAUAUACCAGUUAUUGUUUUGGGUAAUCAUUGUGAUAUGUCACAUCACAGAACGAUUAAUCCUGAUAAAGUUUUAUAUUUUAUUGAAUCAUUAACUGAUAGAACUGCACCAACUAGAUAUGCUGAAUCAUCAAUGCGUAAUGGAUUUGGUUUAAAACUUUUGCAUAAAUUUUUUAAUUUACCAUUUUUACAAUUACAACGUGAAACAUUAUUAAAACAACUUGAUACAAAUGAAGAAGAAACACAAUUAACAAGCCAAGAACUUGAUUUAUUUCAAGAAAGUGAAGAUGCUGAUUAUGAUAAAUUUAUUGAUAAUUUAGUACACAGAAGACGUGUUAUUGCUGAUUCAACAUCAUCAACAAUUCUAGUCCCAAAUGUAACAUCUUCAUUAAGUACACAUCAUGUUUCAUCAACAAAUUUAAAUAAUUAUGGUCAAACUGAAUUAAAAAAAUCAUUAUCUGGACCAAUUGGUGGUGGUACACCAAUUCCAGUAAAACAAUUUGAAUCAAAAAAUUUUUUUAAAAAAGAACCAUCAGUUAUUAAGGAAUCAAUUAAUAAUUUUGAUAAAACUAUUAAAAAUUCAACAAGUCAACCAAAUUUAAAGACAGAUAAUGUUAAUGAAAAUGAUGAAGGUGAUGAUAAUAAUAUUACAAUUGAUACUAGUGAAAAAGAUAAUCAACAAAAAAAAAUUGUUAAAAAACUUUUUACAACAAAAAAAGAUGAUAAACAACAGUUGAAUUUAAAUAAUGAAAUAAAAAUAAAAUCACCAUUAGCUAGUGUUGAAGAUUUUGUUCCAGAUGAUUGUAUGCUUGAUAGAUCAUUUUUAGAUGAUAAUCAAGUAUCACCAAAAAAAAAUAAUAGUCAAAAUAAUGGUGGUGGUGGUGAUAGUGAAAGUGAUAAUGAUACUGGUAAUCCACUUGUUGCUGGUUAUGAAGAUGAUCUUUCAUCGAGUGAUGAAACUACUAAAAAUAUAACAGAAGAACCAAAAUUAUCAGAAAAUCCACUUUGUAAAUUAAAAAAUAAAAAAUAUGAUGAUAAUAAACAACAAAUAAGUGAAUUUAAUAAAAGAGAUUCAAUAUCAUCGAGUGAACAUGAAUUACGUCUAUCAACAAAUGGUGAUUUUGUUAUUCAAAGUGAUCAACAUGAUGGCAGCUCUGAUAAUUUUGAUGGAUGGUCUGGUAGAGAUUCAAAAUGGCGGCAAAGUCCAGAAGGUGGUGAAGAUGUUUGUAGUACUGGUACGAGAAAAGAUAAACUUGAAUUAUCUGAUAAAAGUUUAGAUGUCAGUGUAACUAGUUCAAAUGUUCAUCUUGAACUUUUGGAUAGUUCUAGUAUACGUCAAGUUAAUUCAAAUUCAAGUAGUCCAGUUUUAAAAGAAAAGAAAAAACACAGAGACAAGGGAGACGACAAAGACAAACGAAAAAAGAAAAAAAAUAAAGACAAAGAUAAAGAUAAAGAUAAAAGUGAUAAAAAUGAUAAACGAAAAAAAAAAACAAGUAAUCGAACGAAAAAUGAUGAAGAACGUCGUCGUGAUGAAUUGGAAGAAUUUUUAAAUGGUCCAUCAACAAGACCACCAAUUGACAUGGCUUAUGAAGCUAUUUAAUAAAUUUCACUUCAUAAUUAAUACUUCUCAUUGCUUACUAUAUAUAUAACUAAUUAAUUAAUUAAUCUAUAAAACAGUACUUCCGCUUUCAAAAUUUAAAAUAAAAAACCAAACAAAGAAGAAUUUAAUUAUCUAAUUAAAAAAAAAUAUAUAUAUAGUCUAAUGAGCAGUAGAUGGCAUUUAAAAUUAUCAUCAUGAUUGAACAUUGUUGAACAUAAUAAUUUCAAGUUUAAUAUUCAUUCAUUUUUUUUUAUAUUUUUUUAUUAUUAUUUUAUUUACCAGUGAGUCAAGACUUGAUAACUGCUCUCUUGCAUUUUUUAAAUUAUUUUUUGAAAUUAAAAGCAUAAAUAUAUAUAAUCGAGCGUGUUUAGAUAAACAUUUAUUUAUAAUAUUAAAAAAAAAAAAUACAAUAUAAAUUAACUCAGUAAAAUGAAAAAAAAAAAAAAACACCUAUUUUAUAAAGAAAAAAAAUAUAAAAUUUCAAAUAAAAUUGUUAUUUUGUGUGAGAAUAAUAAAAUGGA